AUGGGUGUUCGCUGGGUGCUUUCACCGGAAUUAGACGUUGGAAGGGAACCUCGCUAUGGCCGAGUAGGUGAGAUGUAUGGCGAGGAUCAAUAUCUAAACGGCGUAUUCGGGACGUCGUACGUGAAGACGAUGGAGGAGAAGGAUGAGAAAGGUUAUAUGAAAGUAGCCACAACAAUCAAGCAUUUCGUCUACGGAGUCCCGACAGGCGGAAUCAACACAGCGAGCCAAAGCGGAGGAUUGAAUCAUCUCUUCAAUGACCUUGUGGCACCAUUUGCAACAGUAAUAAAAGAGGCGCAGCCAGCGUCGGUCAUGAUAUCUUACGCUAGCAUUGAUUGUGAACCAAUGUCUGUCAAUAAAUUCAUGAUGCAGACUGUGCUUCGUCAGAAGCUUGAUUUCGAUGGAGUCUUCAUGUCAGAUGCGUUGGCUAUUUUGCAUCUACAUACGCAAUCAAAAGUGGCAAAGAGCUUGGAGGAUGCUGCUCUCCGUGCUCUCAAGGCUGGUCUGCAACUGGAGCUUUCACCCGCGCAGCCAGCGGCGUUUCCUACGCUCGUAUCAAGCACUAAUAUCGCUUGGGUCAGGGAACGCAUUGACGAUGCAGUCCUGAGGAUCCUUAAGAUUAAGUUCCAGACAGGCCUGUUUGAUGAGGAGCUACCUCAAAUUGCCGAUGCACAAGCAACAUUGAGGUUGGAGGCCCAUCUAGCAAUCAAUAGAAACAUGUCUCGAGAAUCAAUCGUCCUCCUGCAAAACGAUGGCAUCCUCCCCUUGACAAAGAACAAGAAUGGCACGUGGCCCAAAACAGCGAUCAUAGGGCCAUUCGCCAAUAUCAUCAAUCCAGGAUCGUACGCCCCCAAUAACUCCACUGAUAGAUCGUUCGGAAAGUCACUUUACCAGAGCAUGGUUUCUGCAUUCAGCUUUGACCGCGUAAGCUUUACGCAGGGAGCAGACAUCAUCGGCAACGAUACGUCAGGAAUCAAAGCUGCCGUUCAAGCUGCGAAGGAGGCUGGUUUGGCCGUCCUUAUGCUGGGAUCCCUUUCAGUAAUCACGGCUGAUCCUCUCUUUAACGAGCGCAGAGAUGGGGAAUUUUUCACUCACGCCGACCUGGGAUUUCCUGGUCGGCAGCAAGAUCUUCUCGAUGCAAUUCUGGCCACUGGUGUACCGACUGUGGUCAUCCUUAGUGGCGGCCAAGCCUUUGUGUUGAAUGAUCAUACUCUCCAGUCUAAUGCUAUUCUGCAUUCUUUCCUCGGCGGAGAGUAUACGACCGAUGCCCUCGUGGAAAUAUUAACAGGCGAGGUGAACCCCAGCGGCAAGUUAACCAUUAGCAUGCCGCAAUCAUCCUCAACAAUACCGGUUUAUUAUAACUACCUUCCUUCUGAUAACCAAGGAGGAGUUGCUGGUAUUGCACCGGGAAAUUUCACCACAGCGUGGCAAUUCCCAUCUUUGCCUACCCCACCCACUAUGGCUUUCGGAUAUGGUUUGAGUUAUACCACUUUCAAAUAUUCCAAUGCUCAAAUAUCGUCCGGUGAGUCAAUAAAUUUGACGGUGGACAUAACGAAUACAGGAAACAUGACUGGUAAGGAAGUCGUGCAGCUAUAUUUUCGUCCAGAGUUCUCGGUGAUUGAGACCCCAGUCAAGAAACUGAUCCGUUUCGAGAAGAUAGAGCUUGCUCCUGGAGAGACAGUCACUGUGGACUUCACCGUGCCUACCUGGGAUCUUGGUUAUUAUCGCCAUAUGGCGUGGGAAGUUGAGACCGGGGCGUACAGCUUCUGGGUUGGGUCAAGUUCGAGGGAUCAUGAUUUAAUUUAUCUUAACGCAACUGUCGUAUAG